AUGAUUAUACAUAAUUCUAGUGAUACUACAAAUGGUAAUAUAUGGAUUUUUUGUAAUUCUUCUUUAUCUAGACCAGUAGUGGUCUCAUCUUCAAGUCAGACCAUUACUGUUAAAGUUGGAGAUGUUCUGGUAACUGGAAUUCAUGUAGCAUGUCUCACUGUGGACAAAAGAGAAUUAUGGGAAGAGCUGAUAGAUAUUAGUCAAAUGAAUUACCCGUGGAUGAUAAUUGGGGACUUCAAUGUAGUGUUGAGUUAUGAUGAAAAAUUUGGAGAUAUCAACAUAUUUGGACAUCAUCCUGGUUUCCUUGAAGUAAUUAAGGAUACAUGGAAUGAAGCAAUGUCAGAAUUAAUUGAAGCAAUUCAAUACUGUUGGAAUCACAAAUUCAUUCCUAAAGGCUUAAAUUCCAACAUUCUAUUUGUUCUUCCUAAAAUUCAGGGUGCAAGAAGAGAAGAGCAAUUUAGGCCUAUUGGCUUAGCAAAUUUCAUCUUCAAGAUAUUCACCAAAAUUAUUACUAUUAGGAAAGUAUUUGAGUCUGCAAUGAUCUCUGUACUUGUCAAUGGUGGUCCAUGUGGAUUUUUUGGUGUUGGAAAGGAUCUCAGACAAGGUGAUCCAUUGUCACCCAUCUUAUUCAUUCUUGCAGAGGAAGUUCUUAGCAGAAAUUUAACAAAAAAGGUGCAGGAGGGAAAGAUACAAGAAAUGGUUACUAGAGGUAGUUUUCAGCCUCCACACUUAAUGUUUGCUGAUGAUAUCUUCAUAUUCUGCAAUGGCCACAAAAAAUCAUUGCAUAAUUUGAUGAACUUAUUAAGCAAGUAUCAACUUUCAUCUGGACAAGUUGUGAAUAGGAAUAAAAGUAAAUGUUUUGUAGGUGGAAUUUCAAACGCAAGAAGAAAUGGGAUAACUGAAUAUCUGCAAAUGGGACUAUCAGAGUUGCUUGAUACUUACUUGGGGGUUAUCUUAAAUCCUGGUAGAGUAAAAUCAUAUCAAGUUUGGGGAAUGGUGGAAUUAAUGCAUAAGAUGUUAGUUGGAUGGAUGGGUGGCUUGGGAUUAAGGAGAUUGGAAGUGAUGAAUAAAUCUUUGUUAACGAAACUCUUGUGGAAAAUUGAAACAGAGGAGGUGGAAUGGACUCAGUUUAUGAGCGCAAAAUACAAGAACAAGAAUACUGAAUGGAUAUCAUCUUACAGACAAUCCUCAAUUUGGCCAGGAAUUAAAUGGGUCAUUUCUGAGGUGAAUGAAGGCAAUAGAUGGAUAGUUGGUGAUGGAAAAACAAUAUCUGUGUGGCAGGAUAAAUAUAUCAAGGAAUAUGCUUUAAUUAAGAGGCAUGCAGAAUAUGAGUACCAAAAAUCUGUGGUGCCACAUGGCACGACAUUAAAGGUGGAAUAA